UCAUAUAUGAACUUCAUUGGCCUAAGUGACUUGGAUUUGUUUGGCAUGACCACAGAGGCCCCACCAUGACAGCAAAACUAAUGACAGGAGAGAAUCUUAAAUCCUCUCCCCUCCCCCUCCUGCCUCACCAGAUUUGAUACAUGCGAACCCUGCUAAUUGGCUGUUGCAUCUCAGCAGAACCAAAAGCCUUUGCCUUUGGCCUAGCAGCAGUAGCUACCAGGAGAUCUUCUUGUGAGGGGUGUCUUCCUCCUCCUUCAGAGGAAUCAGCACUAGCCCUUCCUUCAGAGAAAUUCAGAGGCAGAGGUGAGAGGGCAGGCACAUUGUUCAGCCGAAGCUGCUACUUGAGUGUGGAUUGGAGAGAGAUGGAGAAGGAAAACAUCAAGAUGGCCAUGCUGAGGCAAGAACAUACAUUCAGACAACAGGUUCACGAACUGCACCGCAUAUACCAGGUUCAGAAGCAACUGAUGAUGCAGAUGCAGGUUACCAAGAUGAACAAUUAUGGAAACACAACUGCAGAGACUCAAACCGAACAGACAGUAAAGAUCGGUCGUCAACAAUGGUGCGAUAACUCGGGUGACAAGAAGGCUACGUUGGUUGAAGACUUCAACCUUGAGCUCACACUAGCUACUGGGGCAGGAAGGAGGAAGCAAGACAAGCCAUCCAACUCGGAUUCCGAAGCAACAAUGUCGUCGUCGACUUCUGCAGAAUCAGAAUCAGGGCGGCGAUUCGUACCCGAGUCCAAUGUAACUCUAAGGUUUCAGAACAGCAAUAGGCAUGAUGAUCAGGUCAUGCAGUCUCCUUGGCUCUACCAAUGUUUCAAGUCUCAAGAUGGCAUGAUGGCUUAGCUAGGGUUGGCAUGAGGGUGUCUCAAAAACUUAAAAUGAUCAAACAAAGGCAAAUGCAUUGCUGUAUGUAUAUUACAAGCUAAUUCAUUGCAACUGCAGGAAUGAGCUCAAAAGAUGGUAAUCAAGUAUUUAUGAGAAGAUUAAUAAGAA